CACAAACAGUAUCUAUCAAUCUUGGAUGAAAUACCGAUCGCACCUUUUUACCUUUCGCCCCUAAACCAAGCCAUGUCUCUUACACCCAUCGUCGAGGAUCUCCUGCAACAUGCUCGCAAGUAUGACAGCUAUGCUGCGAGCGGAAAACAGUUCCCCAGUACUCGGCAGGAGGAUGAAGACUAUGUGCUAGCACGACAAGCCGUUAUCGAUGGUGCCCAGCGCCUGCGGUUGGCGGCAAUGACACCCGACCAACGGCUUCAUCAAUAUAUGACCCGAGCCUAUGAUGUCGCCGUCAUGCGGUUGGUCAAUGACCUGGACAUCGCCAACUCAGUACCGGACGAUGGUAUCACGUUCCCCGCCCUCUCCAAGGCGGUCGGGGUCCAUGAACGGGCUCUGGUAAAGAUCAUGCGCAGCGCCAUCUGUCACGGCAUAUUCUGCGAGCCGCAGCCCAACUUCGUAAAGCACACCGAGGUCUCGCGGUUGUUCCGCCUCCCCGGUAUCCGCUCGUUAUGCAACUUCACCACUGAGACGGUUCUUCCGUCCAUGGAGAAACUUCUCGAAGCGGCCAAGAAGUGGAACGGCUCGCAAGACCCGUCGCACUCGGCCUUCAACAUUGCCCAUAACACCACGGGGCCCAUGAACAAGUUUCCAAACGAAGCCUGCUUCAAGGCCAUCAUGAGCGCCGCCGAUGCCAAAGGCUUGUCCUCCUACCCGCUAUGGCAGGACAUCGACAAGCCUGGCGCUGUUUUCGUGGACGUCGGCGGGAACCACGGGUACGGGUCGCUGGCCAUCGCCAAGGCGACGAAGUGCCUCAGCUUCGUUGUGGAGGACAUGCCUACCGUCAUUGAAACGGCGCAGAAGCAAGAGCGCCAACCUGGAGGAGUCCUGGCUGACCCUGAAGCGGGCCACCGCCUAACUCUGAAGCCGUACGACAUAUUCUCUGGACCGCAGCCGGUUUCCAAUGCGGAUGUCUACUUCUUCCGAGCCAUCUUCCACAACUGGUCCGACGUCAAGUGUCGGGAGAUCCUGCGUAACAUGCUGCCAGCUCUCAAGCCUGGCGCGCACGUCGUUAUCUGUGACAUCGUGCUGCCGGACCGUUGUGAUACGGCGUAUGAGCAGCACUACUGCCGAAUCUCCGACCUAGCAAUGUAUGCACUUCACAAUGCAUGGGAGCGAAGUGAAGCCGAGUGGACAGACUUAUUUGACUCGGUGGACUCUGGUUUUUGCCUACAGGAGAUUUACACUCUAUGGCCUGGAUCGUACCAGAAGUUCAUCCAUCUUAUUUGGAGACCUGAACAGCACUGA